CAACGUCUUUGUCCUUAUCAGCUUUCAUUGUCACUGAAAUGAAAUGAUGACUUCAUUCAUUGUUACAUAGUGGCCGCCAGACGACAGUAGUCGGCACCAUAAAAAAUUUUAUAAUAAUAAUUAUUACGACGUCCAGAGUGUAAAAGCUACAGUUAUCAUACACAACAUAUAAAACACAUCAUUAGGAAGUUGUUAGAACACUCUACAGUGAAUGGUCAACUAAUUAAUCAAGUCUAAAUCACAAUUUUUGGAAAAUUCCAUCCGGCUGAUGUCUGCAAAAUAUUAAAUUCCGCUUCACAACACGUGCUGAUGAUAUACAAUUGAAAACCAUGCAGGACGCAGUCCGCGGUUAUUCGUUAUCCACUGAAAAGUACUCAUCAAUACCACCAGAUCCGAUUCAAUAUUACCAGCAGCACUUUAAGUUUCGAUGGAGUCUAUUUUGCUUUUCUGAAGUGAUAGCCCAACGACGUGAAUUCACAUCGUCAAUAGUCCAAACACCUACAUGUAAGCUACGGUGGCAACUGAUAUACGAUCAUGACUCAAAUUUGAAUUCCAAUGAUUCCGUGACACUUUUUCUCACUGUUGUGAGCUUAACCUCCAUCAGUAACAUGACACUACGUGCUCAACUGUGUAUUCCUGAUUGUCCUGAGACGUAUUUUACCACAUGCACAUAUUCAAGUAACUCGCCCAAUGCAGAGUUCAAGAAUGUUUCACGAUCAGCUGUGCUGUCGGUAUCUGACGAUAAACCGGUUGAUAUCUUUAUACAAAUUGAUAUACCGGGAGACAUAGACUGGUAUCCCCUUGAAAGAGACUCUCCGCAUGAAGAAUCGAGCGGUCGAUUGACUCAACAUUUCUAUCAGCUUUUCAAAGAAUCAAAGCUUAGUGAUGUUUCUGUCAUUGCUGGGGUCAAAAUAUUUCGAGCACACAAGAUCGUCCUGGCGGCUCGUAGUUCAGUUUUCUCCGCCAUGUUCGAGGAUGAAGAGACAGAAGAAGAUAUGGAAAAUGAAGUGAUCAUUAAGAACAUGGAACCAGAAGUUGUGCAGGCCAUGUUGGAAUUUUUUUAUAGUGACAAGGUGGAGAAUUUGAAGGUAGAACUGGCUUAUGAAUUACUGGAGGCAGCCAACAAAUACGAUGUUGAAGACCUGGCGAAUGUGUGCGUAAAAUUUCUCGACGAAAAUAUUAAUACGGAAAAUGCUGCUAAGAUUUUCUUUUAUGGUGAUCUUUAUCAUUCGGAAAAACUGAAACAACGAGCUUUCGAUUUCAUAGCCAAGCAUCUGUCUGAGGUAGUUGAGUCUCAGGGCUAUAAGGAAAUGGAGGAAGAGGAUCCUCGAUUGGCGGUGAAAUUGCUACGUACAAUAGUUGUUCUGUUGAAGUCAAAAUAAUAUGAAUAUGUGGUCCGAAAAAUCAAGGAAUUGCUCUCUUGAGACAACAUUUAUACCGACGAAACAAUAUUUCAUAUAUUUACAACUACUGCGAUGAAUAGAUCAGUAUAUUUUGAUAAAAAACACCAAAUAUUUUUCUACAGAAAACUGUGUCAAGGAAUAUUUGUAUUCUAUUGCUGAUGGAAACAUCAAAUAUUAGUCUUUUAGUUAUCGUAAAUAAUAAAACUCUCGUGGUCAUUUUGGAAGGACAAAAACAAUUAAAUAUUGAUAAGCAAGCAAGAGAAUCUUGAGAAGUUAAGCUAUUGUUCUACAGAAGUUCUGAAAAAAACUAAAAAUGGGAUGAAAAAUAUUCAUUUCCAUUGACUCCAUCCAUAAUAUCCAUUGAUAUAUAUUAUCAUAUGUUGAUUCCCAUUAUAUAUUAUAUAUUGAUAUAUAUUAUAUAUUGAUAUAUUGAUUUCCAUUGAUAUAUAUUAUUGUAUAUGUUAAAUAAAUUCAAUAAUACUUCGAUAAUAUA